CGACCCAUGGAAACCAACCCAUUAGGGUGUGGUCAACAGUAUAUAAAUCAGGUUUAAUGAACAGGUGGGUCUGAGACUCACACUUGUCUCUGGAGGAGAAAGGAGUUCAUGAGAUUCAAGGUUGGCUGCAAACUACACUGACACUGCCCUUCUCCCACGACAUCCGCAGAAUCUGCUCUUCGUCUGGUAGUAAUGCAUGCGCACCACCAUAGCGCCUCGGGGGACCUGUCGGCUGUGGCGGUCUCAGAGUGCGAUGGGCACGGUCCACCACGGGUGGGAAUAAUCUGGUCACACUUCAUUGCUAAGCUACUGAGAAAUUAAUAAGCAUGGGGAACGCACCAUCAGAGAGAAAAAUGGGCAACCGCCUGAGAUGCUGUGUAUGUUCUAAAGUCUUGCCUCCGUGCCAUUCUUUCAACGAUUUGUACAAAGCUACUGUCAUUGGCCAACAUGUUUAUGUCUACAAUGGAGGCGAAUACUACAGACCAGUCGGUUACGAUAAUCAAUACCAAUGCCAACAUUGUUUUUAUAAGCCAAUCAGAGAUGAGGAACAAAGGAAGAGAGAGGAAGAGAGGAGGAGAGAAGAAGAGAGAAAGAGAGAGGAGCAGAGAAAAGAAGAGGAGAGAAGGAGAGAGGAGCAGAGACAAGAAGAGGAGAGGAAGGCUCAAGAGGCUGAAAAAAAGAAACAAGAAGAAUUGAAUCAAAGGCUUGAGGAAUCACAAAGGCAAGCGGAAGAGCAUAUAGAGAGCACCAUGAAAGAGGAACUUGUGACCAAGCGACACGUUCUAAUAAGCCAUCUGCAUGAGUUUGAUGCAAAGAACGAAUCUGAUUAUGAUGAUCUUCUGGAAACUCUUUCAUCAAAAUGCAGCAUCCCAAUUUCAGACCUCAGUCUAGUUCAGCUGAGUGCUGACCAGCUGGGCAGCAUCCUGACAGCCCUGGACAAUCUCCUGUUUGAUGAAUGGAUCAGUGCUCCUCCAUCUCUGAGCACUCUGCAGCAUGCCCAGGUGUUAAUCACAGAGCUGUGUGCCCUGUCCCUGGAGAUAUCUGAGGGAGUUUCCCUGAAGGCCAUCUCCAAUCAUGUGCAGUCCCUGGUGAGCCACAUCAGCCAAUCAGCAUGCAAUGUCUCUGAGAGUUUCCUGCUAACUCAAGCCCUGUACCUGAACCUGAUGCACUUCUUCACUGACCCUGGCAGCUGUGAUGCAGCUUUCAUAGCUAAACAAUGGGCUGAGCAGGACCUCACAGCUGAAGAUCUCUUUCUUAUAGAAUUCUUGGGCACACUCACAACAUCACUACAGAGUGCAGUUGGAAGAGCCUCCGCGUUCAUUUUGAAGAUGGAGAUCCAGUGCUUGGAGCUUCUCCUGUCCACACUCACACAUUUAAAUGGCAAGGAGAGACAUGUAGGAUCCACUGAAAUACUCCUCAGAAUUGUGCAAACAAGCAAAUGGACACCAACUGAGGCAGUGACUCUGCUCAAAGUGCUGUCAGAGAAAUAUAAAGAGGAUGCUCCCAUCACUGAAGUGCUCACAUUAGUACAAGUGUAUGACCUAUCACCAGAGUGGACAGAUGACUCUGGAAACUCCCUCACCCAAGCUCUGGACGUCCUUGGCCCUGAGAGAUUCCUACUUGACUUCUGUAAGACUCUCAGAAAACAAGAUGAGAGCACUCUAGAUUCAGCUCUAGCAGAAUUAAAAACACUCAAUAACUUAGAUGAUUCUGUUGUCACCAUGAUGAAAAACAUUACCAACGGUGUCCUAAAAUAUUCAGAAAAAGCCCCAAAAGGUGAACCUUUUAUGAGAGAUUCCUUCAAAAGUGGAAACCUGAAUGUAAAUGAAAUCCAAAAUUCACUCUCUCAGCUGUGCAAAGCAGUGUCUGACACCAAAGGCUGGUGGCCAACAGUGCUACAGAUGCUGAGGUGGUGUAUGCUGGUGCUGACUGAGAAGACUGAAACACAAGGAUUGGUUGGUGUGAAGUUGGACCCAUGUGUCACAGCCAUGUUUGCAGCCACAAAAGUCCUCAUGGGUAAGAAAGUGGACAUUGUGUUGAGCUCUAACAUUUACUCACUCAAUCAAACUAAAGAGUGGUCUGACUUCUACAAGCACCUGGGGAUUUCACUCAACACAAACUUGAGGAAAGAAAACAUAUCAUUGAUGGAUGUCUAUGAAGCCGACAUUGCCGACAAAGCAAGGUCUGACACCAAAGGCUGGUGGCCAACAGUGCUGCAGAUGCUGAUGUUGUGUGUGCUGGUGCUGACUGAGAUGGCUGCAACACUCAACACAAACUUGAGGAAAGACAACACAUCAUUGAUGGAUGUCUAUGAACCAGACAAAGCAGUGUCUGACACCAAAGGAUGGUGGCAAACAGUGCUGCAGAUGCUGAGGUUGUGUGUGCUGGUGCUGACUGAGAUGGCUGCAACACUCAACACAAACUUGAGGAAAGACAACACAUCAUUGAUGGAUGUCUAUGAAGCCGAUGUUGUGUAUGGUACAAUGGAUGACUUUGUGUCUGAUUACCUUCAAUGUGGCUUGAAGGGAAUGGAAGCAGGGAGCCCUCUCCUUAGUCGAGGAUUUCUCAUUGAAGACAGAUGCCUCAGUGCUUCCUAUAAUCUCGAACUCUCAGUGCUCAAUGAAAAUAAUGCUUUGGUGUUUGCUGCAGACACUCUGAAAAGCCUUAUGGGUAAUUUUUACAUUGAGGAGAUGGAACUUAGAGACAGAUUUAUCAAGGCUCUUUUUCAGGUCCUACAUUCUAACCUUAGCAAAAGCACAGAUGAAGACAGUAAAGUCAUAGCCAUUUCACAAAAAUUCACUGGAAAAGAUUUGCCUUCCAAUAAGGUCUACAUCCUAUCCAUUCUUGAGAAACUCCUCCAAGAGUUUAGUGGAGAAACGGAAUGUGAGAAACAAGGGGCAUCCCUGGUUGGCAACUUGUGUUUGGAGAUUCUUUUUUACCAUGCAGGGCAAUUCCAGAUGGUGUCAAAUCUUACAGCACAAAAAAGAUGGUCACCAGAGGAGGUUAUAGCCCUCCUUGUAACAUUAACUGACCACCAUCACGAUAAAGACUGCAUUUCUAUCAUGAAGAUUUUACAUCUGAUAGAAACAUACCAAGUGUCUUCUAGGUGGACAGAUGAGAAGAAUCAGUCUCUCCUUGAGCUCUUGAGUGUCCUUGAUACUGAGAAAGUGAUGCAGCAUUUGGAUAGAUGCUUUGAAAAGGAGGAAACAAAAAGCCUUGAGUGUCUUUUUGAUGAAAUUCGGCAGAUGAAAAACAUUGACGAAAAAACCCUGGAGAAGUCUUAUUCUAUAGUAAAGGGGGUUGAAAACAUGAUUAAAUCGGGUGAAAUCAAAAAACAUACUAAUCUAAAGCAAGCUAAGAAGCUGAGUCAUAGCACAAAGACAGAAGACUUGCAGGAGAUCCUAGCAGUCUUAUGCAAUGCUGUACAUGUGUGCAUUGCUGAAGAAAAGUGGUGGCCCAGAGCCACUCAGUUGACAAGCUGGUGCUUCUUGGCUUUGUCUGACACUGGUAAGCUUCUGGAGAUGGGAACUGGAGAGGGCAAGUCAUGUGUCAUAGCAAUGUUUGCAGCGCUGCGUGUACUCCGGGGCGAAAAGGUUGAUGUGGUGUCCAGCUCAUCUGUGUUAUGUCAAAGAGAUGCAGAAGAAUGGAACAACUUCUACAAGUACUUUGACAUCACGGCUGACACAAACACAAACAAGACUAAAGAUGAGGAUAGAAAAAAAUGCUACCAGAAGGACGUGGUCUAUGGAACAAUUGAAACCUUUGCUGCAGAUCACCUUCGCCAGAUAUUUGAGAUGAAGGAUGUGAGAACAGAUCGCAGCUAUCAGUGUAUCAUCAUCGAUGAAGUGGACUCACUGCUGUUGGAUCAGGGAGUGCAGCUGACAUAUCUCUCCAGCCCCAUGGUCUCCAUGCAGCACCUGAAUGUUAUCCUGGCCAUGAUCUGGGGCCAUGCCAGCCAGUAUGGCUUCCUGUCCACAGGACACAUCACAUUCGUACAGGGUCCCCCUUGUUCAUUCUAUAAGAGCAUAUUCGACUCAAUUGACAUGGAUGGAAUAGAUGACCCCAUGGACGUUUUACAUAUUGCUGAAGAGUCAGGGAUUGUGCCUAAGGGAUUUACAGAGGAAAUCUACAAUAGCGAAAAAGAUGAGAUUCUCAGGAAACUGAAAACCGUGAGUCAGAAUGACGUGAUAAAUUUUUUCCCAAAAAUUGAGCAGUUUGUCCCCUAUGGUUUCACUGUGUACACGUUAGAUGAUAAUGGAUUGCUCUCUCUUAGAAAGUCCACACCGUACAACAACCAAGACAUUCCAAAACUUACAUUUCUUGUUUUUGAUGAUGGCUUGUGUUCUGCUCUCUAUGAUUCUGAGGAAGUUCUAGCCAAUCCCAUCACAGAAUUCAUCUUAGAUAAGAUUCAGUACACUCCAUGCACAAACCAUACAGGGAAAAUCAGCAUCCCUGGAUUCUUGAAAAAUCUGAUCGAGAGUAAAUUGCCAGUUUGGGUUCAGAAUGCCUUUCUGGCAAAGAGACUUAGGCAAGGACGAGAGUAUGUUGUGGAAAAUGACUGUGUUUGUCCCGUUGACUACAGAUCCACGGGUAUCGUGGAACUAAAUAAGAAAUGGGGUGAUGGCCUGCAGCAGUUUGUUGAGAUCAAACACCAAAUCAAAAUGAGCACGAUUUCAACAGUGACAAACUUUAUCUCUAACCUUGCCUUUUUUGAAAAAUACGAUGGGAAAAUAUAUGGGACCACAGGGACACUGGGGAGUGAAACCGACAUGCUGUUUUUGCAGGAUCUAUAUCCCAAUCUCUCAGCCUGUAAAAUGCCAACUUUUAACCAGAGGAAAUUAUUUGAGGUCAAGGGCAAUCUGGAGACUUCAGCUGUAGAGUGGAAAUCUAAAAUUUGCCAUGUGAUUAUGGAUCAAGUUUGCCCAAAUUCAUUCAGAGAGGGGAGAGCAGCCUUGUUGAUCUGUGAAACUAUUACCAAAGCCAAAGAGCUCUAUGAAAUGCUAAAAAAUGUCAUCCCAGGUCAAAUCAUUCUCUACAGCCGGAGUGACAAAGACAGUUCAAGCAAAAUAAUUAAGAAACUGGAUCCUGGGGAUGUCAUUGUUGCCACAAACCUGGCUGGACGUGGCACCGACAUCAAAGUGUCUGACAAGGUGAACAAAAAUGGAGGAUUAUUUGUGGUCCUCUCCUUCCUUUCUGAGAACACGAGAGUGGAACUUCAGGCAUUUGGCCGAACUGCACGCAAGGGUAAACCUGGAUCUGCACAGAUAAUCAUGACCACUGAUCAUGUACAGGAGUCCCUCAAGACAGUGUCUUCUCUGGAGGAGGCAAAAGAAACAAGGAAUAGACUUGCAGCAGAAAGGACAAAUGACAUGAUGGCUGAUGUUACUGAGAUGAAACUGCGGGAGGACCUUUUCGCAGAAUACUGCAAGACCCUCCAGGGAAUUUACAGGAACACCGAUGGAGAUGAGCGAGGAGUUGUUGUUGCCAUCAUGAAUGAGUUCUGGGGGAUUUGGUUGCAAACUAAAUCAGAGGAAAUUGACAACUUAAAAAGAAAUGAAUUGGAAAAGAGCUUGAAAGCUGAUUUGUCCGUGGCACAAAGUCAUUCUCAAAUUCAGACUUCACCAUGCUCCAGCAUUUAUCACUACAUCCAGUUUGGGAAUCUCGCACUGAGCGAAAAAAAAUGGGACGUCAGCAUGAAGCUUUUUGAAAAAGCAAUGUUACAAGAUGAAAGUUGGGCAGCCAUAGCUUUUUACAAUCAUGCAUACUGCUCUAUAAAACAGCAGAAUGGAGAUUACCUGACUACGGCCGGCAAUGAUCUCAAGAAAGCACAGGAGUCUCUGAAGUACCUCAGUGAGGAAUGCAUGGUCUGCCUGCAGUUUGUAAAAAUGGCCUCUGUUGAAUUAAAAAGCAGUGAACAACCAACCAGCCUUGAAAAACAGUUAAUAACCAAGUGCAACUUGUUCAGCUACUUUGAUAAAAACAUUUGUGAGGCUAUGGAGAAGCUGAAGGAAAUAAAAGACAAAGGAAGGGAUGCAACAACCAAGAAAUUACCCAUGUUCUCCCUGGUGUCAAGCACAGAUGAAGAUCUCCAAAUAGAGGCCUACAAUCUGUACAGUAAAGGUCUGGAAUAUGUGUUUUCCGUGGAAGAGCAGCCUCGGUUCCCAUGGGAAGCUCUGCUGGUGUUCUGUCUCGGCAUUCUGCAGAUCGUUGGAGGGACACUGCUCACUGCCUUUACGUUUGGAACAUUAGCUCAAGUCGGCAUUGGGCUGAUCAGUGAAGGAAUAUCAGAAUGCAUCACUGGCAUUAAGUCCAUGAUUAACGGAGAAUUCAGUUGGCAAUCAUGGGCUAUAGAAAAAGCAAUAUCUAUUGGUAUUUCUCUCAUUGGGUUUGGGGUUGGAAAGCUGAUUUCAAAGGGCUUCAAAGCUGCUAAAAUGUUGGUCAAGGGACCAUGCAAACAACUUAAGUCAUUACCAAAGUUUUUCUCCAAACAGGUUAAAGAAGGCCUGAGUGUUGUGACAAAGACAAACAUGAAGAAUGCAGUGAAACAAACAGCAAAGAAAGUGGCAGAAGAAAUCAUUAUUCAUGCAUUUGGGAAGGCAGAAGAUGCUGUAUUGGAAGAAAUACUAAAAGGUAUUAAGAAUCAGAUGACAAAGGUUACUGCAAAUUUUGUAAAAAACAACAUGGAAAAGGAUCCUUUGGCUGGAUUGAUAGAAUCCAUUUUGCUCUCUCACCUUGAGGAUAAAAAACAAAUGUCUGAUCUCCUGCAGGAUAAGAACAGAAAGGGCAAACGUCUGGGUAUUUUCAAGACGAUAAGCAAAACGGCCUUACAGCCAUUCUACGCUGACCUCGAAUGGCAGAACAAGCUGAACUCAUCCAUCACUAAGGUGAUUGACAGUGCAGCAUCAGAGGCCAAAGGCAAAACACUUAGAUUUCUGAAAGUCAUUCAAUGCAUUCACAUGGCCUCACUGGCAGCAGAAGCCACCUGUGCAGUCUCCCGGCUUUCAAGCCAGUUUUUCUCCAACCUUCACAAAGAGCUGAAUACAUUUAAAGAGAAAAACCAAUUGACAGAGAAAGUGAAACGAAAUGAUCUGUCUGCUUCAGAAAUGAAGAUCCUGGAAGACUUCAAGCAGGAUUUAGCCAACGAAACCAGUGCUUUAUUAGCAGAUGCUUUGGUAGAAGUGUUCCACCAAAAGUUCUCCAGUCACUUUGUUUCAAAGGCCGUAGGCCAAGUGAAUAAUACCAUUAGGGGUUAUGUAAGAACUGGCUUGAAGAGUGAAAAAACAGAGGACAAACUCAUGGCUGGACAAAACAACAGAUACAUCUCACACAUGUCAGUAGACAUGAAUUCAAAACGUAAACAGGACAGAGAGUCUGGUAAACGCUCAGAGUCUCAUGCUGAAAAGAUCAAGGACUCCUCGACAGCCACUACUAUUCUUGAUAUCAGAGUCCUAUCAGAAACCACUGGCACUAAGGUUGUCAUCCUAACACAAGACAGCCAUGGUAAGCUUACCAAAAUGCAGGAGCUGAGCCCAAGCACCAAAUCUGCCAGUCAAACGGUGACACUGAUUUACACACCAAAGAGUUCACAACACCCAGACGGCCAUUAUGAUGUGUCCAUCAAUAAUAAGACUGUGAAAGUAACCACCAAAGAAAAGAGCAGCCUGUUUCAUGCUUUGGCACAAGGCUUGAAACCAAAGGCCACCAAAGAAGAGAUUGCCUUGGAAGCAGGCCUCCUCCGAUCUUUGGAGGCCGACGCUCUAGUGAAACACUCAGAUCGAUGGGAGCCUUUCCUCAAGUACAAAGAGAGGACGGAUGAAAUCAGAGGAGGAGACUGGUAUAUGGCAAAGGAAGCCGGACUAAAAGAGACAGUAAAAGAAAACAAAAAGGUGAUCAAGGAUGGAAAAGUGAAAAAGUACAACGACUGGGUAAAACAUGUAAACAGCAAGCCAAGCACUGGACAGUUCAUCAAAGCAGCUCACCAACCACCAGCGAGUAGUAUAUCGCAAGCUGGAGAAUUGAAUCAGAAUAGCAAAUUAGCUAAAGCCAUGCUUGAAGUGGUAACAAAGUCAACUGCUGAUGUGGAAAAAUACAAUGGCCUUGGACUUCCAACUAUUUAUGUGUCAACACCCACACAGGAAGCAAGUCUCCAAACUCCUCUAAUGCAAAGUGGGAUAUUGACACCUGACAAUAUGGCUGGCAAAGAAGUCAGGAAAACUACAGAGGUCUAAAUACCUGUCAUGACGUUUGUGUAGACACCUGUCGGUAUUCAUUUUAAUGAUGUUUUUAUGGGGGUUUGGUAAAUUUAUAUUGCUUGGGAUUUAAAGAUAUAUCUUAUCAUACAUUGGAAUUUAGUAUUCACAUGUAAAUGUAAGAGUUGCAACUUGCUAUAUAACCCAAAGAUUACAGCAAGAAAAUCUUAUCCUAUGUAUUUCACAUGUGUUUAAGAUAUUUUAAAGUAAGUCUGAAAAAGUGAAUUCCAUGGUAAAAUAUUUUUUCUGCCAUUGGUUAUUCAGAUCGCUACAACAAUCAUACAUGCCAUCAAGAAAUCUAGAUGUGUAAUCAGAGAAAUCCUAAAUGCUGUUCUGCGAUGGGAUAAGUGUAUUUCAGGCUCAGUUGUGUUUACCGUUGCUUAUGUCACAUUUAAAAUGGGAUUUUCUAGCCUUUUAACUUUGAUUGUAUUAACUUUAAAAUUAUAUAACAGACUUAAACCAUAUAAUUGAAACACAAAAGAUGCUCUGUUGCUUUCUGUAGUAACCACGUGAUUGAUACAAGCUGUUAAACUAAAGAGCAUUCAUCUAUUCCAAUGUGAUCCUCAACUAAAAAGGAAUUUUCUCUUUAUUUUAUUUGUUUGUGUUAAUUUUGGGGUUUGGGUGAAGGUGUGUGUGUUGGUGAGGUGUUUGGUUGUUGAACUAUAAGUAUCUAUGUUCAGAUAUAUGGUAUAUAUACACUGUCUGAUAUGUAUCACACUUCGAUAUAAUCUCCAGCUUUUUUAUACAAUGAAGAAUUUGUUCAUUAUGGUUGUGAACAUUUUAGUGUGGAGAAUUUGUUACACUAGAAGACUGCAGUAUCAGUCAUGACUCCAUAAACUGUGACCUACUGGAGUGACUAGAUUUACUCUCUACAGAUUCACCAAAACUCAAUUCUGAACUUCCUGUGCAAGUAUAUUUGAGAUUUAUAGGGUACUGCAUACCGGACAUUCUAAUUCCAACCCGUAAUUCCUAGGGUUAGGUUAAGGGUUAGGGUUAGGGCUAUUCCUUUAUAUAAUGUUCAGUCGUAUAUUCUUUGGCUUAUCAUUGCUGUGUGAAAAUCUCAAAAUAAAUCAGAUUAUCAACAACAUAA